AUGCUCAUUGAACGAAGAUGGUACGGGUUGGAGCCCGUCCGACUUCGUCCUGCACAGCUACCUGUCAAACAGCUCCAUGCACGACACGUUUCCGACACAGACACUUGUUUUAAACAACUUGAUCCAGGCACCAGCGUUACCUGGGGCGUGGAUAUGCCACCUGCGUACUUUGAGCACUUGCGGCCAGGGUCCUUUGAGAUCCUCUGGAAAGGUGGAGAUAUUCCCCUGUGGAACUGGGGCACUCUGGCAGAGUGGUGUGACUCGCCUGACUGUUUGGCCCCAAAUACUGCUGCGGCCAUACUCCCUGGUGGAUUCAGCCGGUCACUUGAAGUGACUACCAUCGAAAGUGAUCCAGAAGACGACGUACCGGAAUAUCCAUCUUCGCCGGAUCCAACGCCUCCAUCUGCGCGAAUGAAUAACGCGCCUUUGCUGAGUAUCAGCAUCGCUGGUCCAGCUAGAGCGUCAAUCCAAGUUCGCGAUUGCUGGCGUCCUAUUUAUACUGUCACCGUCACAGUCUCAUACGAAGCAGAUUCCAACUCACUGGAAGUUGGGGAUUCUGACCCGCCCUCCAAUACCGGAAGACCAGUGACAUUUCGUACAUCUAUCUUCAAGCGAAUUGACAGGCAUUACGAUGGAUUUAGGCUUUACCGCAUCGAAGAGGAUGAAUGGAGAGCGCAUGAGCUCAGCACAGUAUUCCAAGCACACCAUGCUUACAUGUACGCUGAGACCGAGCCGUUCAAUGUUGGUCAUAAUGAAGAAGAGUUUCAGUCCUUGAAGCCUGGCGAGUCUUGGACGUUCACGCGCCAGGUGACCGAUUUCCCGAAAAAUCUCCUCCCCGGACAACGAUUCCGGUAUGGAUUCAAGGGGGCAACUCUUGACUGGUGGGAUUGGGGCAGUCUUCAAGAUCAUGCAGAUACGGUAGUGUGGAUUUGUGUGGGUGCGGUGCAGAGGCCGAAGGACAACGAGGGGAGGUCAGCGCUUGUGGUCCCAGCUAGUAACUGGAUUGAGUUUAAUUUGGAUGAAUGA